AUGUUCAUCAACUGGUCCAAUAGUUCCAUUUGGCGUUUCCUUCACUGGGGCCCACUGACUGCAAUAGGGAUUGUCCAAUCGAUCACAGUAAUGACAGUGUAUAUGAACGGCAUGUGGUGGCCAGCGCACAGUUCCGUGUUAGCGUUCAUUAACCAAACAGUUUUUCUAGCCCUAUCGCUCAGUACGGGCUUUUACUUCAUAAUGGCAUCACUAACCGGGCCGAGCUACUUACAGCUGAAAUGGAAACCGGCACGGCCGGAAGAUGAGCAGUAUUUACAGUUUUGUCACGUUUGUGACGGUUACAAGGCGCCUAGAUCGCACCAUUGCCGGAAGUGUAACAGGUGCGUGAUCAAGAUGGAUCACCAUUGUCCGUGGAUUAACAAUUGCGUCGGGUGGGCGAACCAUGGCUAUUUUACCGCAUUCUUAACGUUCGCCGUUCUCGGCUGUCUUCACGCCACCACGAUCCUUGCAGCAUCUUUGUACGUUGGCUUGUACCGGGACUGGUACAUAUAUUACGGCCAUUACUCGAAGGUGAACGUGAAGUUGACGAUUUGGAGUCUGGUGUUGUGCGUGUUCAAUAUUGGACUAGCUAUCGGUGUUGUUAUCACCGUUGGCGCGCUGUUGGUAUAUCAAUUGCGAGCCAUUUUUAACAAUCGUACGGCAAUCGAAGACUGGAUUCUGGAAAAGGCACGGUUCCGAAAGGAGCGCCAGAAUGAAACGUUCCUUUAUCCUUACGAUUUGGGCAAAUGGAACAAUAUGCGGCAGGUUAUCAACAUUACCUGUACUGCCGCCGGCAAUGGAAUCGAAUGGCCCGUAGUGGAAGGAUGUGACCAGUACACCUUGACACGUGAACAGUUAGCACAGAAAGAAGAAAAACGCGCACGGACACGAACGUACACUAUACACCGUCCCGCCACAGGACACUGGGUACCGCUAUUUUCGCAAGGAUUUAAGGUAUGCCUCUCACCGCCACUAACCGACGAGCCGCGCAUUAAGCUUGCCGUUGGCGAUCUCGUCCGCGUUACCAGAUGGAGAAAACAUUGGCUGUUUGGUGAGAAAAUACAGCAAACGGAUAGCGAUGCCAGUGCGAAGCGAAUUCGCGGCUGGUUUCCGCGCCAAUGUGCGGUAGAGUUUACCGAAUACGAGGAUGUACUCACCGAAACGCAACCGUUAGACAAUAAAAUAAAAAAAGACAUUUAA